AUGUGGUACAUCCGCAGCAAGCCCAAAGUCGUCUCGGCCUUUGCCCGCGUCUGGGGUACUGAGAAAGAAGAUCUGAUCGUCAGCUUUGAUGGCUGCUGUGCCUUCAGACCUCCUUCCGUGGAUCACAGGUGGCGCACCAGGGCCGGAUGGUUUCAUACAGAUCAGAAUGGCCGCACAACUGGGAGCGACUUCGUUUGUGCCCAGGACGGGCUUCCUUGCAAGAGAAACAGUAUGACAGGCACGAAUUCCUUGCUCAAAACAGAAACAUCCUGUUCUUCUUAG